AGGGGGGGAUCUCCCUCUCUCUCGACUCGAUGCGCGGCAAGCGGGGAGCGGCGGCGGCGGCGACGGCGGCGUUGCCGGAGCAGCAGGCAGUGCACGCGCGCCUCGAGAAGUCGGCGAGGCCGGACGUGCUCUACGCCACCGGCGUGAUGCGCGCCUACCUCCGCGCGAGCCUCCCGCUGCAGUCCCUCCGCCUCCUCGCCGGGCUCCUCCCGCGCGCGCCGCGGCUCCUCGCCACCUCCUUCUCGCUCUCCGUCGCGCUCCAGGCGUGCGGGUCCGCGGCGGCGCCCGUGUCCGUCGGCGCCGCGCUCCACGCGCGCGCGCUCAGGUCGGGGUUCGCCGCCGCCGACCUCUUCGUCCGCACCGCGCUCGUCGAGAUGUACGCCAAGGCGGGGCGCGUCGACCUCGCGCGGGACGCCUUCGACGAGGCGCCCCUGCGCGACGUGUUCCUCUGCAACGUCAUGCUCGCUGCGUACGUCUCGCGCUCCGAGGUCGCGGAGGCCAGGAAGGUGUUCGACGGAAUGCCGAUGAGGGACUUGGUGUCCUGGAACACGAUGAUCCAUGGGUACGCCAUGAGAGGGGAGGUCGGCUUGGCGAGGGAGAUAUUCGACGGGACGGAGGACAGGGAUGCCUUCUCCUGGAGCUCGAUGAUCUCCGCUUACGCUAAGAGCCGGCGAUCCAAGGAAGCGCUGGAGCUGUGGCGGGAGAUGCACGCCGCCAGCAUCAUCCCGGACUGCAUUACCUUGGUGAGCGUGGUCUCGGCGUGCAGUGAUUUGGGAGCGCUGGCCGUUGGUGCAGAGGUACACCGCUUCGUGGAGAGCAACAGGAUAGAGCUGGACUUGAAGCUUGGCACUGCUCUGAUCGACAUGUAUGCCAAGUGUGGUGACAUUGAGAGUGCACAGAGAGUGUUCGACAGAAUGCCAGAGAAGGAUGUGCAAACUUGGAGUUCAAUGAUUAUCGGACUGGCCAAUCACGGGCUUGGCCAUGAGUCGCUCAGCUUGUUCUCGAAGAUGAUAUCUGAAGGGAUGAAACCGAAUGGGGUCACCUUCGUCGGUGUUCUUAUCGCGUGUACUCAUGUUGGCCUUGUGAGCGAAGGCAAGAAGUAUUUUAGAUCAAUGAAUGAAGUUCAUGGUAUAGAGCCAACAGUUGAGCACUAUGGAUGUAUGGUUGAUCUUCUGGGGCGUUCAGGCCAUGUUGAGGAGGCAAGACAACUCAUCAGGAGCAUGACAUUCGAACCCGACACAAUUAUCUGGAGAGCACUACUUGGGGCCUGUCGCAUCCAUAAGAAUGUGGAGAUUGCAGAGGAAGCCAUGGCCAAACUGCGAGUUCUGGAUCCUCUUGGUGAUGGACACUAUGUGCUAUUGUCAAAUAUAUAUGCACAGGCAAACUCUUGGGAAGGUGUUGCAGAAAUGAGGAAGACGAUUAGAAGGGACAAUAUUCAGAGGAUUCCUGGAAGAAGUUCAAUUGAAUGGGAUGAAAAGAUUCAUGAGUUUGUCUCUGGUGAUAGAUUGCAUCCAAGGUCCAAGGAGAUCUACAGAGUGUUGGAAGAGAUGAUGGAUCGGUUAAAACAAGCAGGUUAUAAGCCUAUGACAGGUUUGGUAUUGCAAGAUAUUGAUGAGCAAUCUAAGGAACGCUCCUUGGCUGAACAUAGUGAGAAGCUGGCCAUUGCUUUUGCGCUGCUAACUACCCCUGCGAGGUCAACUAUUCGAAUAACGAAGAAUCUUAGAGCUUGUGAAGAUUGCCAUUCAGCUAUGAAGUUGAUCUCCUUGGUGUAUGAUCGCAAGUUGAUUGUUAGAGACCGGAACCGUUUCCAUCAUUUCAGUGAAGGGCAGUGCUCAUGCAAGGAUUACUGGUGAACUUAACAUGCUUUUACCAAAACAAGACACAAACUUACACAUUCAACACAUAACUUCAAAGGAACACAAGAUGAGGGAAUCAGGUUUGGACGGAUAGGGGGAAGGUUUUCACUGGAGGAAUUUAGCCCCAGCUAAUUCUUGAUGUCAAUUGCAUCUCCUACAGAAACAAGGUUUAAUGAACAAUCGGGAGGCAGAGAUCUGAUCAACAGCCGCAACAUCUCUCUCUCUCUCUCUCUCUCUCUCUCUACUAAAUCAUUGGGCAGUACCAAAUCAUUGGGCAGUCACACUGGUGCGCAUAUGUUUUUGCUUUAGAGUCAGGAGCUCCAUUUUCUAAUCUUCCGCUUGCAAGAAGUAAGCCUCUCACGGACAUUUAUCCACUAAUGCAAUCAUUCGGUGAACCUAACACUUACAAAAAUGCCUUUCUGUGUUUUCUCUGCCUUGCAGGACUGAAAGUUGCCUAAAAGUGACUAGUAAAAGAUCGCUCUGAUUAUUGGGUGAUGUCGGCCAACCUCGUCAGAAAGCUCUUUUGGUGGCUUCUGGAUUGGGUCUUAACCAGGCAGGCUUCAGAGCAUGUAGAGCAACGACGGCCAUCGGAUCAUCAGAUUGUACGGCUCAGAUGGCACAUGAACCUUGCUCCUAAUAGCCACAUGAUCUCAUCAGCAAGUAUUCCAAUGCUCCAGUGGGCGAUUCUCCGUGAUGAGAUUCGCAGGGUUUGACGUGACAACCCAAGUUUGUUUUUGCUGCAGGGGAAUCUGAUAAACCCAAGUCUGCACGGGCGCAUCAUCACCCGACUAAAAUACUCCGAGAAGCAAGAGCGCAGUAAAAGGAAAGGGAAAUAAUAUUGCUUGCUGAAACUGAAAGACCCUUUGCCUUGUCCUACUACUUCCAUGAGCAGGAAAAAAACAUAUUGGGUGGUCAUUUCGUGUGCUCAAUUGUUUAUGCAGAUGUCCAGGUCAAGAAACAGUAAAAAGGACAAUUAUUCUACUGCACACAAGGGGGAGAGUUAUCCAAAGAGAGGUAUUAGCAGCCAAGUUAAAAAAAAAAUUAGUGCUAUAUCGCAGCCGGAGAGGAGUUCAGACGGCAACAUCAAUGGCGCAAGAGGCGUUGAACAGCAAGAGGAAGAAAGCAAGAGAGUAAAAAAAACACAAAAGAAAGGAUUUCUGCUGAAACUCUGUGGGUUGCGAAGCUCACCUCGUGGAGGCGGACGACAUUGGGGUGCUUGAGCAGCUUCAACGUGGCGAUCUCCCUCUUUAUCUGAGCAAGAAAUUAAUUAACCAGCCGGCCAAGCAAAGGAACAGGAACCCGGAUGAGCAAUCAAUCAAGGUUAAUUCACCUGUUCGUCGAUCUUCAUGGCGAGGAUGCGUUGGCGGUCGAGGAUCUUGAUGGCGAAGGCGGCGCCGGUGUCGGCGUGGCGCGCCAGCUUCACCUUGCCGAAGUGCCCCUCUCCCAGCGCCCGCCCCAUCUCGUACUUCCCCAUCCGCAUUGCCGGCGCCCGCCGCGGAUGGGAGGGCCGCCGUCUCCGGCGCGCGCGCGCGCGGUGGCGGAGUUCGACACUCGCGAGAGGAGAGGAGAAGAGAAGGUUUGGUGGCGGCUUUGGGGGGAGUUGGAGGAAGGGCGU